AUGUGUGGCGAUCUGAAGGGCGACGCCAUUUGCAUGCCCGACGAGAUGCUUGGCGUGCUUGGCAGGCGACAGUCGAGACUCGCGUGCUCAACGAGCUUAAGCUCGCCCUGCAAGUGUGAUCCCUCUGUCCUGGUGUUGCUAGAUCGUGAGCUCGAACUGUCCACGAGUGAUUGGUGGGACAAUCUAAUCGGGUUCGGGUUGGCGGUGGGCUCCAGCGCGUUUAUUGGAUCGAGCUUCAUCAUCAAGAAGAAGGGUUUGCAGAGAGCCGGCGCGGCCGGUUCUCGUGCCGGUUCAGGAGGAUAUGGAUAUUUGCUAGAACCACUUUGGUGGAUUGGAAUGGUCACUAUGAUAAUUGGGGAGUUUGCCAAUUUUGUUGCUUAUAUGUAUGCUCCUGCUGUCCUUGUGACACCCCUUGGAGCAUUAAGUAUAAUUGUCAGUGCUGUUUUAGCCCAUUUCUUACUAAAAGAGAACUUGGGGAAGUUAGCAGUUGUCUUGGUACUUGUAUUGCAUUGUGAACCACGGUAUGGACAGACAAACAUCAUGGUCUAUAUCGGAAUUUGUUCUGUAAUUGGAUCCUUAACUGUUAUGAGCAUCAAAGCUAUAGGUAUUGCCAUAAAACUCACUCUGGAAGGUUAUAGUCAAGUAGCUCAUUUCAAGUCAUGGGUAUUUGCAAUGGUUGCGGUUACUUGCAUUGCCACUCAAUUAGUCUACUUAAACAAGGCUCUCGACACGUUUAACACUGCUGUAGUAUCUCCAAUCUAUUAUGCUAUGUUCACAUCACUCACGAUUCUUGCCAGUGCCAUAAUGUUUAAGGAUUGGUCUGGUCAGAGUGUUAGUAGCAUUGUUUCGGUUCUCUGUGGAUUUGUAACUGUACUUGCGGGUACAGUAGUAUUGCACAUUACAAGAGAUCCCGAAAAGCAGUCAUCUUCAGAUUUUGCUGCACUUCCUCAAAUCUCGUGGCUCGUGCAUGCGAAUGGUGAGAUAUGGAAACAAAAGGACAACGAUGAAUUGCAUUCGGAAUAUGUGGCAUUUAUACAUCCAGAUCAUUUUAAGUGA